AUGGUGAAAGAUGAGCGGAAUAGCCUGAAAAGAGACAGCGAAGAGUCAUCUGAUACAGGAAUAAGAGAUACAGGUUCACAAAUACUUAGUGAUGAAGAGAAAAGUGACGAUGCAAGGUUUGAAGUGGUAUUCGACGGUAAUGGUGACGACAGAGAAGAUACGAGGAAUCUUUCUAAGAUACAUAAAUGGAGCAUAGCUAUAAUUAUAUCAGUAACAUCGUUCUGCGUGACUUGUAUAUCAGCAGCAUGGUCGAUGGCUUCAGAUAACAUAAUGGAACAUUUUGGAAUUAGUCAUGAAGUCAGCACAUUAGGAAUAUCGUUAUAUGUGUUCGGAUUGGGGCUCGGAGGAAUCUUUUUGUCCCCAAUCAGUGAGUUCCAUGGUCGUAAAAUCACAUACAUCAUUUCAUUAUCAUUUUCAUUUGCAUUUCAAUGCCUAACGGCAUUUAGCCCCAAUAUAGGAAGUAUGUUGUUUGGGAGAUAUAUGUCUGGAUUUUUUGGAUCAGCUUUUAUGAGUGUAGCAGCUGGGUCAUUGGCAGAUAUUUUUGCUAAAGAUGAGAUGUCUACACCCCUUUUGCUUUACACCAUCUCACCCUUCGUUGGACCGGGUGUACUGCCGCUUAUUUCUGGAUUUAUUAACUCAAACUUGUAUUUUCGCUGGACUUUUUAUGUAAUGUUGAUAUGGACAGGAGUGCUAGUAAUAAUGAUAGUACUUUUUGUACCUGAAACAUAUCAGCCAGUCCUAUUGAAAAAGAAAGCUGCAAGACUCAGGAAAAGCACCGGCGACAAUAGAUAUUUCGCCCCAUUAGAAAAAGAUACAACAUCGUUGUUUGAGAGUGUUGUAUUGUCAUGUAAAAAACCAAUAUUGUUGAUAUUCAAAGAUUACAUGACGUUGGCAUUAUGUUUCUACACGGGAUUUGCUUUGGCUAUUGUCUAUUUGUUUUUUAUUGCAUUACCAUACAUUUAUAGAACGGUCUUUGAAUUCAAGCUUUCAUCCCAAGGAUUGGCAUUCUUAGGUCUUAUCAUUGGCAUGGCCUUCGCUUCACUUGCAUCUCCUUCUCUUUUCGAUAAACAAUAUGCAAAGCUUAUAGAGAAAAAUGGCGGGGUUCACAAACCAGAAUUCAAGUUUCUUCCGUUGAUGACAGGAGUUUUUGUCAUCCCGGUAGGGUUGUUUAUCAUGGCAUGGACCUCAUUCGCCAACCUUCACUGGAUUGGCCCUAUCAUAGGGUCGGGUAUUUUUGGUGCGGGUACGGUUUUAAUUUUUAAUGGUGUUUUCGCAUACACUGUUGAUGCUUAUAGAUUAUAUGCUGCUUCUGCAAUGGCUACAAACACCUUUAUUAGAUGUACAAUGUCUGGUAUAUUUCCAUUAUUUGGAUUACAAAUGUACGAGGGCAUGGGUGUCCACUGGGCGACAACUUUCUUAGCUCUUUUUGCUUGCGCUAUGAUUCCUGUGCCCUUCAUUCUAUACAAAUAUGGUCCAUAUUUAAGAAGUAAGAGUUCUUUUACUUGGUCAUGA